UUAGGUCGAAUGACCGUUGUUAUUCUGUGUUAACGUUAACGAACGAUGGUAACUCAAUGAGAAUAUUAAAGGACUUCUACCUUUAUUGAUACCGAGACAUAAUAAGGUUAAUGAAAGGGAGAGCAUAGCCCUAAUAUUGCUUUGGAUGGUACGAACUCUUGUGACCUGAAAGAAUGAGUCAUAAAUGGGCACCAAAUACCUGGGUAAAAAUAAGCAGAGCAUUUCAUUUGUGUCAAACACAUGCCCGCAAGUCAGCAGCAUCUCUUCCCUUGUGUGGCACCUCUCACUGCAGGGUUCAUGUACAACAGCCUUAUUGCUACAAGGUUGGCUAUCUCAGCUGGAGGCACAUCCAUCACCUGAGGAUCACUGGGCGUAAGGGAUGGCUCUGUAAAGCUAACCAGGUUCGACAAAGGCUUGGACUCCACACCAGCACCUUGAAUUUGAACACAUCUGCCUCUCGGUGGUCUGCUGGUCUCAGCCAACACAUGUCGCGGGUCAGGAACACACUAGACACAGUUUCUAAAGCUGUAAGUGGGAGGCAUACAGAACUUCUCUCCAAAAUUGCAAGACUCAAGCCUAAUGCAUUAAAGGGUGUAACCAAGGCUGAGGCAAGUGUUGAGUCAGCGCCCAAAGCUGAGGAUAGUGAUUUCACACUUACUCCAGCUCCUGUUAAUGCUGCUCCAACUUCGACAUCCACUACACCCAAACUUAUAUGUAACUCAUCACCUGCCAGUUCUUCUAUUCCUACUUCUGCUGCUACGUUUGAUGCAAGUGCCACUACCUCAACCCGUCCCCACAACUCUGACAAAGCGAAUGUCACAGGCACAAUCCUGACUGUGCCUAAGGAGAAAAGGGUGAGACGUGUUGUUCCCGCAGUCAAAGCCAGUCCUGCCAGGAAGCAAGAGGAGCUCAAACUUUCACCGGGUGAAACUGAGAUCAACAGCGCAACUUCCAAACAAGCCACAGCACUUUUCCACCCCAGUACCUUCUCAGUAAACCUGGAUGACACUUACAACUACCUGGCCCAUCACAUCAACACAUACUUUGGCAGCAGUACAAACACUCAGGACAAGAAAAGGGACAAUGUUGAAAUUUCCUCUGCUUCCUCUCAGGGUAGACAAACUAGAGACCUCAUACCAGUGUUUGGUAAACCAGCCUAUGCUGCUACAGUUAUCCCACCUCCUAAGAAGGGUCUAGGACACUACCUGUCCUACUCAGCUCCAACUGUACAAGCCUUUGUAGGAAGCUACAUUGCUCCCCUGGUCCCACGGUUUAGGGCAGCAGACUCCAAAAGUGCUGAUGUGGAGGUAAAGAAGUCUGAGGAAGCACCGGUCAAACAGGUUGAGGCCACAGUUAGUAAGGAGAAGAAGUCUGCAGAGGAGAAAGCCAAUAAACUUCUGCUUCAAAGGGAGAAGAUCAUUGCCAGGGUGAGUGUGGACAAUCGAACUCGGGGUCUGGUUCAGGCUCUCCGCAGGGCUUCAGAUGUAAGGGUCUACAUCAACAGGGUGGAGGACCUCAGCUACCAUCUCCUGGAGUUUCCAGAUACCAGUGGCGUUGCAGUCAAGGAGAGGGUUAUCCCUUGCCUGUUGCGUCUGAAGCAGGCCAGUGACCCGGGCCUGAGGGCAGCAGUCAGAGAAGCCCUCGCUCUGGUGGGCUACCACCAACCUGUGAAAGGUCGAGGGAUAAGGAUCCUGUCCAUAGACGGAGGAGGAUUAAGAGGACUCCUUGCACUUCAGACGUUACAUAAGCUGGAAGCUCUGACCGGCAAACCCAUUUACAAACUCUUUGACUAUAUUUGUGGUGUCAGCACAGGUGCUAUCUUAGGGUUCAUGCUAGGAGUGUUCCAGAUCCCACUGAACGAGUGUGAUGAUCUGUACCGGAAGUUGGGCUCAGAUGUCUUCAAGCAGAACGUCAUUGUUGGCACUGUGAAGAUGGGCUGGAACCACGCUUUCUAUGACAGUGAAGCCUGGGAGAACAUCCUCAGAGAGAAAAUGGGCUCUCACCUUCUGGUGGAAACUUCAAGAAACCCAGAAUGCCCCAAGGUUCCAACCAUGUGUCCCAAGACAAUUGGGGCCCUGCGGCUCCCACCCCCCAGCCUGGCCUCUUUAAUGAGGACUGGCCCCUGUGUGUUUGAUCCUGCUGCCAGCCCGCAGCCCUGCGGCCCCUCAGCCUCAUGCCUAUUCAACAAUCCCCACAGCCUCUCCAGUUACCCCCCCCACCACCACACCACCCCUCUGCCUCGGGAUGGAGGUCUGCUGAUUAACAACCCCACAGCCCUGGCUAUCCAUGAGAGUAAGUGUUUGUGGCCCAACACGCCUCUGGAGUGUGUGGUCUCACUCGGUACGGGCCGCGCCUUUGAUACUCCUGGCAAGGGAACCACCUCCACGAGCCUCAAGACCAAACUCAACAAUAUCAUCAGCAGCGCCACAGACACUGAGGAGGUUCACGUCAUGCUUGAUGCUUUCCUCCCCAACGGCACUUAUUUCCGCUUCAACCCCUACAUGAGUGAGGACAUCUCGAUGGAUGAGAACCGGCAAGAGAAGCUCAAUCUGCUGCAGGCUGAGGGCCUCCGUUAUCUGGAGAGGAACGAGGAGAAGCUGAAGAAAGUUGCUCGCAUCCUCACCCGGGAGAAAGGCUCCGUGCAGAAGAUGACAGAGUGGGCCCAGCUCAGGGCUGACAUGUACAACGGGGUGUCCUUUAAAUCCUCCAAGGUGUAGAUCCAACACAGGCCACCUUUUACUUCACAUGGAAACUCUUUGCCUAAAAUAAGUCAUAUAGUUCCAUUAUUGGUGUGUCAAAAUCGUUAAGAUCUUCACCUGUAUCUUUUCAGAACAUAUAAGUAUGUGGCCAACAUGCCCAACACUACUUUCCGCUUCUAUCAUACUUCACACUUUGAUUGUGAAUUUAGUGUUUAAGGGAUGCAAUUUGCAUGACAAUGAAUCUGGUGGCCAUUCUUGUUGGAAGCACUCAAUUUAUCACCGUGUUGCAUUCAAGGACAUGUCUAAUGACGUGGAUUUGGGGGCUCCGGUGACAGGGAUUCACUCUCAGCUUGCUAGCAAAUGCGGCUUGUACAUUUAAAGGUAGAGCUCAACCUUUUGGGAAAAAAGGCUUAUCUGCUUUCUUGCCAGAAUAAUCUGCAACAAAUUAAAUGGUAGCGAUUUUCUCAUUUAACGAGGAUCGCUACCAUCUAAUUCUGUACGGUAAAUAUAAAGAUAUUUAGUGGUUGCUUAGUAAAAAGACUGAAAAUAGAUUGCAUGUUCUCUUUAACUAUUUAUCAUUUCUAGACUUUUUGAUAAACUAAGCUAACUAGCUGUUGUCUCUAGCUAACCUUUUCAUAGAGAUAUGAGAAUGGUAUCAAUCUUCCCAUCUAACUUUUUUCAAGUAAAUAUUGCUCUAUAAAAAUACUGUACACGUUCACAGUAGCCAGUAACAGACUGUUGAACCAAGUGAUCCAUUUUUAACCACUUGCUUUCUUUUAUAAAGAUUUGUUAUGACCACCAGCAUAUCCUCCAAAAGUUUUUUUUCAGAAAACGUGUAGAUGGGAUAUAUGUGGUAUUGUGCAGUAUUUGUCAAGCUAAGCUAGCAAUCUGUAACACCGUAAAACUUAGAUGUCAAGUAAUGACAGAAAAAAAAGUAUUCUUAUUUUUGUAAAUGGUAAAAUCAAGGCCAAUUUGAACACUUAUUGCUAGAGACAUUUAUCAGAAUCUAAAUGUGCACCUUUAACAAUGCAGCUAUUGAUCAAAUGUGUAAUUCCAUACUGUUUAAAGUAACAUUGGUACAUGUGGGCCUACUUUAAGCAAUACAGUAUUGUGUAUCCUGUAUGUAAAUGCAUGUUAUAUUUAAGAUGUAUGCACAAAGACAGUUUAUAUGGUUGAAAAAUGCUAAGAAGUACGUUAUAUGUUGCAAAGAUUUAGCCCAGUGUUUAAUCUACAAAAUACCUUUAAUAAUGAAUAAAAUAGCAGAUGUGUAUAUAUAUAUAUAUAAGUAUCCAAGUGGAAGCUCGCUGUCAACAGGAUGUACUUUUAUAUGUUAUUUUAAACCCCGGGUAUUUUAGGUUCAUUUGUUUCAAACGCUUUUAUCAUCGUGUGCUUGAUUGUUUGGUUUUAUGGAUCCCCCACAGGCGAUACACAUUUUCUGCUCUGUCUUCACUGUGCCCUCUUUCCCUUUGAUGCCUCUUCUCAAAGCCUCUUCCUCCCUUUCUACCUUGAAGUGCUGUGUGUGUCGUCGUCCCUUCCCCGACUCUGCUGCACCAUAACGUCUGUUUAAAUCAUGCAGGUCACAGCUGAGGGACUGCUUUAAACCUGAUUGCUGCUUAUUGAUUUGUCAUGGCUUAAAAUCAUUUUCAUGACAUGUACAGCAUAAAAAAUGCACUGCGGACAUUCAUGCCUAGACCCUGGUCAAGUACUGUAAAACCGAUGCAGCAAUGUGUCGGUCACUCCCAGAGGACCUGAGGAUGUUACCCAGAUGAAUAUAAUUCCACUGUUGAUCCUGUGUAAAACAGUUUGAGAGAGUAUGUAAUUAAAACCCAUCACUGAA